AUGCGGAAGGAGAGGAGGAAGACAAAGAAGCAGGAGGAGAAGUAUGUUCAAAUGAUGGAGAAGAGUGAGGAGGAGGAGGAGGAGUCGGUGGCCGCGAGGUGGAUGAAAAUCUCCGAUGUUGUGAGGGGAGAUUUGUGGAUUCAUAGGUGA